CCGAUUUUCCAACAGUUACAUUUUGUCACUCGGGCUCGGUUGAGGUUGAGUAUUUUUCGCGUUCGCGUCGAGAAAUUUUGUUUUUUGAUUUCACUUAUUAAAUCAAAAAAUUAUCGGAUUAUUGCCGUCCUGUGCUGUGCGCGAAAUCGAAAGUUUGGUGUUGAAUGGUUUCGUGGUGCUUUCCCUGCAAUAUACUGGUGACGACAGUCCAGGAAUAGUGUUUGGUGCUGAAAGUUUUGUGGAGAAAAUCCUAAGGGAAGAUUGAUUCCAAACGAGCUAGGUAUAGUAAGUGUGCAGACGCGUCCAGCUACUCAUCGGACACGGGAGAAAGAUUGAUUUGCAUAGACGUCUGCAUUCGAUUACUGCUGCAAAUCAAUAAAAGUAUUGAUUUACCCAAGGAUAUCAGCGGCUUAGCAAAUUUCCACUGUCUCCAAUUGAAUUGAUUCUCCAUUGAUCUAAACCGGAAUAACAACUGGCGCUCGACGAUAGGAGUCCUCAACAUCACGGGUUACGCUUACGGACCUACAUUUGCACCGGAGGAUGGGUCGUCGAUGAUGAUACCACGGCGACCAUAUUUUAACAAGCUGCACCAUCUGUGGUAGCUAGACGCAACAGAGAAAAAAACGAAAGAAGACAAAAAGUAAACAAACAAAUCAGCAGAUUACUUAAAGCAUAAUUUAUGAGAAGGACGGACGGAACUCGGCGAUAGAUGUGUCUCGUUGUUAGUGUUUGUGUGGUUAUCAAGCUCUCGUAGAAGUGCUGUUAGUGAUAAGAGAUAUAUUUGCAGCCUCAGUGUUCAUGAUAGUGGAUAUUUUUUUGUAUUGGAUGCAACUGUGAAUAAUUCAACAGUAGCACCAGAAUAGGUCACGAUAUUACCUCAAUCAUUCUCAGUAACUCGCUCUCGCAUCAAGACAAGGGAACAUUUCCCAUACCACCAGCAGGCUCAAACCAGAGUGAACCCGCAUACAGUGAAGCCAAACCAGUGUGAUACCAGUGAUUAAUUGACCAGUUUCCAGCUUCGAAGUAUUAUUAACCAUAGUGUCCACACGUAGACGACGAAGAGGAAGCAGCAAAUACUCGGCAACAUGUCUAAGAAACCAACAGCGGGACCGGCACUGCACAAGGUCAUAAUGGUGGGCAGCGGUGGCGUCGGCAAAUCGGCACUCACACUGCAGUUCAUGUACGAUGAGUUCGUGGAAGACUAUGAACCGACCAAGGCGGAUAGCUACAGGAAAAAGGUUGUUCUAGACGGCGAAGAGGUACAAAUUGAUAUUCUGGACACGGCGGGGCAGGAGGACUACGCAGCCAUUCGCGACAACUACUUCCGCAGCGGUGAAGGGUUCCUGUGUGUAUUCUCGAUAACAGAGGAUGACAGUUUUCAGGCGACGCAGGAGUUUCGGGAACAAAUCUUGCGUGUGAAAAACGACGAAAAUAUUCCGUUCCUCCUGGUCGGCAACAAGUGCGACCUGAACGACAAACGGAAAGUGCCACUGGCCGAGUGUCAGGGUCGAGCCCAGCAGUGGGGUGUGCCAUACGUCGAAACGUCGGCGAAGACACGGGAAAACGUUGAUAAGGUGUUCUUCGAUUUGAUGCGCGAGAUACGCUCGCGAAAAACGGAAGAUUCCAAGACAACAAAUGGACGCGCCAAAGAUAAAUCUAAACGAAGGAAAAUCAAGUGUACACUGAUAUAGAGAAGCCCCCAAUGAAUCAUACCAGCAGAACAAACACUUACACUUAUAUACAUACACGUACACACAAACAACAUUCGGUGAAAAUUCUCGAUUUUAUUAAAUCUUUUAUUAAGUUUAAACUCUGUAUCAUUAUACUGAAACAAAACAGAUUACUGAAUAAGUCAAUCCGAAUAGAAGAUAUCCGUAAUUUAAGGCAGUCGCAGCUGCAACCUAUUGCUAAUUAUUUGUUAAAAGUAACGCUAAGGUCAGGAUCAAGAUCAAUCAUUCAAACCAUUGCAAGAGAAAAAACAAAAAAAAAUAAAUCUGUCUGAAUUAGGUCGAGAAAAUAUUGGUGUAAAUAUUUUGCUGUCGCUGCUUGUGUUUUAUACAUUUGUUUGUCAUGUUUUUGUUUGCCAUGUAUAUGUUCAACCAUUGCUUUAUUCUGUUUGAGUUUCUCUCACCUGUUUACGUCGCUAGCUCUAGUAACUCGCUAUACUCCAGCAACGUGCGUUGCGGGGAUUGUUUAAAAACGUCCAACCGUUGGUCUAAUGUUCUGCGGCACGUUGAACUUUUUUGUUUUUUUCCCCGCUCUUAUUCUUAGUUCAAUCCAUUCGAUUUAGAAGUUAAACUCUUCUCUAAUUUUUGGCAUGUUUGGCGCGCUGGGUGGCGGCGACGAAAUUUUAUUAUCAAACAUAAACAUCGAGCACAGAUAUUCUAUGACUUGAUACGGGACAUCGCAAACCGCAAGCGAAAGAAUCAAGAGACCGUACAGCAGCCGAAGCGAGAAAAACAACGGUGCUGCCAGCUAAUGUAGGAAGCUGGCCUUUUCUACGAUGCCGAAAUCGGAAUCUAACACCCAUCGGAGGGCAGUACGCAUUUUGAAAAGCACCGCAAGCGUUAGUUGCAUUUUGACCAAUGACCAAAUUCACUGUUUUCGUGUAUGUUAGCUUAAUUCAAUUAAAAUAGUUGUACCUAAAUUACUCCUGACGAUGGACCCUCAAACUGCUUUGCAUGCUUUAGUUUAAUUUUAAACGCGAACGAUAUUCGGAACGUUGGUUCUUCUGCCCCCUUACGCGCAGAAGAGACUGUUCCAUUGGGGAAAGAUGUACGAAAACAAUUGAUGUAGCUAUCGAAAGACUCAACAUUACUCACGCAAAAUCACAGGCAGAUAUAUGGGAAAAUAAAUAUAUGCAAUAUUGUGAAAAAAAGGGCCGCGCUUCUACCGAACUAGUAGACCAAUAAGAACGUUGUGUUGAAGAGUUCUCGCGGGUGUCAUAUAGAUAUAAACACUGCAAAACAUUUAAAUUAAA